AUGACUGAAGUUAGCAUUGAUAAUAAACUUUUUCAUAAACAUUUAAAUACUUUAUAUAUUGCUUGGAGAAAUUCCUUAAAAAAAGAAUCUGAUGACUCAUUUAAAGGUGCCGAACUCUUUUAUGCGCAAUGGUUGUUUGGCCAGGAAUUUGAUAACAUGUUGAUGAUUUUCACUUUAAGAGCAACACAUUUUGUCAUAAAUGAAUCAUUAGUUGAACAAUUUGAAAAAUUAAAAGGAAAUGAAAAAAAUAUAUCUAUAGUGAUUCAUAACAGAGAAAAGCAAGAUGCCGAAAAAUUUUUUAAAGAAAUUUUAUCAGAUGUUACUGAAGGAAAAAAAUUGAAACGUAUUGGAAUAUUUAUAAAAGAUAAACCAGUUGGGGACUUUGUUGAUAAUUGGAAAUCGAUUUAUAGCAAUUUCAAGAAUAAAGAUAUAGAAGAAGUUGAUAUUACCUUGGGAAUCCAAGAAAUUUUAUCAAUAAAAGAUGAAGAUGAAUUGAAAACAAUGCGUAUGGCAGGAAAACUUAGUUCAGCAAUUAUGUAUCGUGUAGUAAACCAAAUUUCUAAUAUUGUUGAUGAAGAAAAAAAAAUCACUCAUAAACAAUUGUCAGAUGAUGUAGAAGCAAUAUUAUAUAAUCGGAAAAAAGAUAAAUGGCUUUCAAAUCAAAAAAUAUUCCAAGAUGUGAACUUUGAUUUGACUGAAAUGUGUUACUCUCCAAAUGUUCAAAGUGGUGAAAUUUUAUCAGAUGUUACUGAAGGAAAAAAAUUGAAACGUAUUGGAAUAUUUAUAAAAGAUAAACCAGUUGGGGACUUUGUUGAUAAUUGGAAAUCGAUUUAUAGCAAUUUCAAGAAUAAAGAUAUAGAAGAAGUUGAUAUUACCUUGGGAAUCCAAGAAAUUUUAUCAAUAAAAGAUGAAGAUGAAUUGAAAACAAUGCGUAUGGCAGGAAAACUUAGUUCAGCAAUUAUGUAUCGUGUAGUAAACCAAAUUUCUAAUAUUGUUGAUGAAGAAAAAAAAAUCACUCAUAAACAAUUGUCAGAUGAUGUAGAAGCAAUAUUAUAUAAUCGGAAAAAAGAUAAAUGGCUUUCAAAUCAAAAAAUAUUCCAAGAUGUGAACUUUGAUUUGACUGAAAUGUGUUACUCUCCAAAUGUUCAAAGUGGUGGUUUAUAUGAUUUUAAAAUUUCAUCUCCACCUGAUAAAAGAGAAUUACAUGGUGAUAUUGUUUUAUGCUCAUUAGGUGUUCGUUAUAAAGGGUAUUGUUCAAACAUUGGCAGAACAAUAUUAUUUGAUCCUGUAAAGAAACAAGAAACAAAUUAUAAAUUUUUAUUAGAAUUACAAAGUCUUAUUAUGGAAUGGUGUAGAGAUGGAGUUAGAUUUCGUGAUGUGUACAAUAAAGCACAAAAUCACAUAAAGACCAAACGACCCGAACUUUUAGAAAAUUUUGUUAAAACUCUUGGUCAUGGGAUUGGCAUAGAGUUUCAUGAAUCGGCAUUUUUAUUAAGUCCAAACAGUGAUAAAGUCCUAAAGAACGGAAUGGUUUUAAAUCUAUUUGUCGGGCUUCAAAAUAUAAAAAACCUUAAAGCAAAAGAUGAUCAAACGAAAAAUUAUUCAUUGUGGAUUAUUGAUACAAUCAAAAUUUCAAAUGGUCAUGAGUCAUAA